AUGCCCUUCGCCCACGGGGCCGCCGGUCCCCAAGCCCCGGCUGGCAUGGGCGACGUGCCCGAGCCGUGCCCGCAGGCCCCGCUGGCCGUGCUCUCCAAGGUGGAGCUGCGGGUCAGCUGUAAACACCUCCUGGACCGUGACACCCUCAACAAGUCGGACCCCUGUGUCCUGCUGCUGAUGCAGUCCCAGGGCCAGUGGAUGGAGGUGGAUCGCAGCGAGGUGAUCAAGAGCAACCUGAACCCUGUGUUCGCCAAGAUCUUCACGGUGGAUUACUACUUCGAGGAGGUGCAGAAGCUGCGGUUCGAGGUGUACGACAGCCACGGCCAGGCAGGCGUGGGCACACACGAUGACGACUUCCUGGGGGGCAUGGAGUGCACCGUGGGGCAGAUCGUGGCACAGAAACGGGUGACGAAGCCGCUGUUCCUCAAGUACGGCAAGUUUGCGGGCAAGUCCACGAUCACGCCCACGGCCACCUCUCAGAUCAUCUCGGAGGAGAUCUCGGGGAACAAUGGCUACGUGGAGCUCGCCUUCCGUGCCAAGAAACUAGAUGACAAGGACCUCUUCAGCAAGUCAGACCCCUUCCUGGAGAUCUACCGCAUCGACGAUGACCGCAGCGAGCAGCUGGUGUACCGCACCGAGGUGGUGAAGAACAACCUGAGCCCCAUCUGGGAGCCCUUCAAAGUCUCCCUCAACUCGCUCUGCAGCUGUGAGGAGAAGAGGAAGCUGAGGUGUGUGGUGUGGGACUACGACUCGCGGGGCAAGCACGACUUCAUCGGGGAGUUCUUCACCACCUUCGAGGAGAUGCAGAAGGCAAUGGGGGAGAACAAGGUGCAGUGGGACUGCAUGAACCCCAAGUACAAGAUCAAAAAGCGCAACUACAAGAAUUCGGGGGUCGUGGUGCUGCUGGACCUGAAGAUCCACAGGGUUUACUCCUUCCUGGAUUACAUCAUGGGGGGCUGCCAGAUCCAUUUUACGGUGGCCAUCGACUUCACGGCCUCCAACGGGGACCCCCGGAACAGCUGCUCCCUGCACUACAUCAACCCCUACCAGCCCAAUGAGUACCUCAAGGCAUUGGUGGCUGUGGGUGAGAUCUGCCAGGACUACGACAGCGAUAAGAAAUUCUCAGCUCUGGGCUUUGGUGCCAGGAUCCCCCCCAAGUACGAGGUCUCCCACGACUUUGCUAUCAACUUCAACCCUGACAACGAUGAGUGUGAGGGCAUCCAGGGCGUCGUGGAGUCCUACCAGAGCUGCCUGCCCAAAAUCCAGCUCUACGGCCCCACCAACGUGGCUCCCAUCAUCUCCAAGGUGGCUCGUGUGGCGGCCGACGAGGAGCGGACCAAGGAGGCGUCGCAAUACUUCAUCCUGCUGAUCCUGACGGACGGCGUGGUGACCGACAUGGCAGACACGCGGGAGGCCAUCGUCCGGGCCUCCUACCUGCCCAUGUCCAUCAUCAUCGUCGGCGUGGGCAACGCCGACUUCACGGACAUGCAGAUCCUGGACGGGGACGACGGUGUCCUGCGCUCCCCCAAGGGCGAGCCCGUCCUGCGCGACAUCGUCCAGUUCGUCCCGUUCCGCGAGUUCAAGAAUGCGUCCCCCACAGCCCUGGCCAAGUGCGUGCUGGCGGAGGUGCCCAAGCAGGUGGUGGAGUACUACAGCUACAAGGCGUUCCCCCCGCGCUGCCCCCGGCCCCCCACCCCCGACCCCAGCCUCGGCUCCCCGCAGUGAGCGACCCCAGAACCCCAACCUCAGUCUUCCCGACCCCCGACUCCGGCCCCAGUUCCCCCAGUGAGAGACCCCCAGUGCCCCCAUCCCCAGCCCUGGGGUGCCCCAGUGAAGGGCCCCCGACCCCAAUCUCAGCGUGCCCCAGUGAG